ACCGAGGCGCUGCUGCUGCUGGUGCCCUGCUCCGAGGGCAGCGCCCACAACAGCCAGGCCGUGGGGCUGCUGCUGGCCCUGGCGGGCUACUGCCGAGGUCAGAUCUACUGGGCCAAGGACCUCGUGUUCCUGGUGACCGAGCACGACCUGCUGGGGACACAGGCCUGGCUGGAGGCCUACCAUGAUGUGAACCUUACUGGUGCCCACCCGGGGGGGCUCCCGGCGCGGGCCGGUGCCAUCCAGGCGGCGCUGGCGCUGGAGCUCAGCUCGGACGUGCUGACCAGCGUGGACGUGGCCGUGGAGGGGCUCAACGGGCAACUGCCCAACCUGGACCUGCUCAACCUCUUCCACUCCUUCUGCCACAAGAACGGCCUGCUCUGCACCUUCCAGGGCAAGCUGCCCCCCCCGGAGGGCCCCUCGGGGCCGGCCUACGGGCAGAGCCUGCGCACGCUGGGGCUGAUGCUGCUGGGCCAGGCCGGGGGGGCUCCCGGGGGGGCCCACGGGCUCUUCCUGCGCUUCCGCAUCGAGGCGCUCACCCUGCGCGGCAUCAACAGCUUCCGCCAGCACAAGUUCGACCUGGGCGCGCUCGGCAGGACGCUGGAGGGAAUGUUCCGGAAGCUGAACAACCUCCUGGAGCGGCUGCACCAGUCCUACUUCCUGUACCUGCUGCCCUCGCUGGCGCGCUUCGUGUCCAUCGGCGGCUACGCGCCCGCGCUGGGGCUGCUGCUGCUGCCGCUGGGCCUGCGCGCCCUGGACCUGUGGAUGCGGCUGAGCCGGAGCGAGGAGGGGGAGGGGGACCCCCCCCCCGGGGAGGCCCGCGGGGGGGGGCUGCUGUGGCUGGUGCCCCCCGUGCUGGUGUCGGGGGCGGCGGGCACCGCGCUGCACCUGCUGCCCGUGCGCGGCCAGGCCGUGGCCACCCAGCACUUCCCGGUGGGCGAGGCCGAGGCCGUGGUGCUGGCCCUGAUCGGCAUCUACGUGGCCGGGAUGGCACUGCCCCACAGCACCCACAGGGCGCUGUCCGGCGGUGGCCAGCGGGGCUGGAUGACCCUGAAGCUGGUGGCCCUGCUGGCCCUGGCGCUGCUCCUCACCUGCCUGGCGCUGCUCAACUUCUCCCUGGGCUUCCUGCUCGGGGUCACCCUCGUGCCACCCGCGGCCGCCGUCCGGCCGGGGGGCAACAGGUUGCCGCUGGCCGUGCUGCUGGUGCUGACCACGCCGGGGCUGUCGCUGUUCCUGGCCGUGCUGCUGGAGCGGGAGCUGCUGGAGGCGCCGGCGGGGCUGGGCGAGGCCUGGCAGCGCUUCCUGGGGGCGCUGGGCCAGGGGCUGCUGCAGGAGCACCUGCACGGAGCCCACCUGAGCCCCCUGCUCGCCCUGGGCGCCUACCCCUGCUGGCUGCUGCUCUGGAACGUGCUCUUCUGGAAGUGACCGCUGCCGGAUGGACACACGGACACGGGAUGGACACAGGGAUGGACACGCGGACACGGGAUGGACACGGGGACAGAGCCACGGACCCCUCACACCGACCCCACCUGAGCCCCCUGGGCGCCUACCCCUGCUGGCUGCUGCUCUGGAACGUGGACAGACAGACACGGGAUGGACAGACAGACACGGGAUGGACACAGGGAUGGACAGACGGACAGAGCUCGGGCAGGGACAGACCCACGGGCAGUUCCACAGAGGGGCCCCCGGGACAGUGACAGCCCCGAUGGAGCCACAGACAGAAACACGGACAGAGCUGCGGACAGACCCCAGUGAGCCCCCAGACCCACGGACAGAGCCCUGGACAGACCCCGAUGGAGCCCAGACCCACGGACAGACCCCGAUGGCCCCCAGACCCAUGGACAGAGCCCUGGACCGGCCCCG